AUGAAGACCUCAUUCUUCUCCGCCAUUUUCCGCAGCAAGUCCACCAAGACCACCGCCCCGUCCACCGGCGGCGAGUGCAGCAUCUGCCUCGAGCAGCCCCUCCCGGCCUCGAACCCUCAGCGCACCAAAAAGGGCGCCACAGUCACCACCACCGCAGGAGACCAAGGCUCCGCGAUCACCGCCAAGGAGCAGUGGUGCAUGCUCCCCUGCGGCCACACCUUUGGCCACAAGUGCCUCCGCCAAUGGCUCGGCUCCUCCCACGGAAACCGGGUGUGCCCUCUCUGCCGCGACCCAGCCAUCCGCAUCUGCGGGCACCCCGUAUCGCCCGCCCCGGUGCUCUCCUCCCACUUCAUCCGCCGGCGCCUCGAAACCCGCCUUCUGCGCCGCGGCCUCGAGAACCAGAGGCUCACCAAGUGCUCCUUUUGCGUCUCUAACAAGGAAACGCCCCACGACACCCUCCUCGCCAUGUUCGGCAAGCACACCGCCGCCGUCGACUGGGCCGCGCACCGCAGAUACCACAAUCGACUCGUCGAGGCGCGCUGGAAGGCUUGGUGGGACUCUCAGACGCCCAAGGGCCCCAGGAUUGAGGCCGAGACCGAACGCGAGGAGCAUACUUUUGCCCUCCAGAUCUGCCUCGUCUAA